AUGACGUCGUUUCAAUUCAAUACACUCUACGCUUCUGGUCCUGGUGGGGAAUGUAUUCAGUUAGUUCGUUGUAUUGAGCCGACCGAACAACAACGGAAUGAUCCCAAUUAUUUGCCUCAAUUAGCAGUUAAUAAAGAUGCUCAGCAGCGAAUCGAAUCGAAUUUUCAGGCGUCCAUAUCCGUAUUGGUCUUAGUUGGCAAUAUGGGUGUCGGAAAAAGUAAAUUGGCAACAUUGAUUAUCAAUUCAUUCUAUAAACAACAUUCCGAACAGUCGUUGCGCCUGUUUCGUAGUGGUGCAGGCGUGAGUGGCGUUACACGGGGGAUUUGGAUGUGGAGUGAACCGUUGGAACUUCCGGAUGGAUAA